ACUAGUACCUGCAUGCUGCGCGCAGUCCCAAGACCGCCUCUUCCCCCGCUGCGGACGAACUAUUCUGACGCAGGCAGUAUGCUCGUUACUCCGGACACAACCAACCCGCCUACCAUCCGAGAGGGUGUAUACGAGAUCAAGGACUCCGUGUCAGGCCAGUACUUGAAUUCGGUCGAGGCGUCUGUGUACAAUAGGCUGUGCGACGAUGUCCUGGUAUUGCAGGACAGGGCCUCGAGGUACGGCAAGUGGGAGAUAUCUCGCGUUGGUCAGGGAUACACGAUCAAACAAGUAUCUAGCGGACUGUAUUGUGCGAUAGCGGACGGCGACCAGCUUCAGUCGCAGACGGUGGUCCUGUGUCCAGUGCCCACGGUCUGGGUUAUUACUUUCACAGACCAUACAACCCAGGCAGUCAGGGUUGCAUGGUCUAUCUCCAACUACUGUUGGGAUACUCCGCCCAGCGGACAGGGUCGUCUAGUGAGUCUUGGAAAGGUGCCCAACGACCCCGCGAAGGCUGCGGCCUUCGUGACAUGGUACCUGGAGUCUGUUGGGCCCAACCACAACCUAGGCCCAAUACCUCCUGGGGUAUACGCGCUGCAAAACCAGGCCAGCGGAACCUAUGUUAGUUUGUCGCCAGACAACAAGACGGUGAGCUGCUGGCCCGAGAUCAAGCUCGAAAAGACUGGUGUUAGGCUGUGGGAGAUACUACCUCUUGGAGAUGGAUACUCGAUAAAGCUACACAGUACGGACAAGUACGCGACGUUGCAGUCCGGCAUGGGCUACAGGUCGAAGGUGACUGUCUCGAAGCUGCCUGCAGCAUGGAGAAUCGUCCCUGCGGACAGCCCUCUGUUGGCGAAUGAAGGAUACGUACAGAUAUUCUGGUCAGACACCGAGAUCUGCUGGGAUCUGUCUGGGUAUGGGCGCAAGGCGGCUGGUACUCCGGUUGAGGUCAUGUUCAACAAGGACUAUCAAGCUUGCCGGCUGUUCAAGCUCCUAUGAGACCGUCUGGCCUUCCGCCUUUACAUUUUCCACCUACCUGUUUCCCCCUUCAUCCUUGUGAAAGGUCCAUCUGGACUUCCAGCUUGGCCCUUUCUGCUCCUCGCUGUGUUUUUUCUGUCGCUAGAUAUUGUAUUAUGUAUAGUGCUGUGCAAUCAGUAUGUCCGCUGUGUGAAUU